AUAUACCAGGGCCAGCUCCCCUCUUACCGUCCCCGGCGAUUCACCGUCCCUUUCUCGUGCAGGAAGCCGUGAUUCACACUCCACCUGCACACCCUCUCUCCUCCGACCUCAAGCUUCGUGGUGAAUUUUGUUGACUUCAAGUCUCUCGCAGCUCCCAGUCCGAUUUUGCAACACCUCUCCGCGUGGCCUAGUCUGACGAGUCGGUCGCCUCCCAUUGCUUUGUUUACAUUUGCCUCCCCCUCCGGAUCACCUGACUUGGCGACACACGAUUAUCCCCAUCGUCUCCACGAACCCUCUCUUUACGCGCCUAGCCCCUCGACGAAUGGAUUGAGCACUGGUUGUUCCUUGUCUGCUCGGCUUCUUGGCCUGUGAAUCGGAUUCGAGAGAGCCCGACGACUUUUGUGCUUUCUUUGAGGGCUGCGAGUCGCUCUCGUUGCCUCGAAAUUGACAAUGGGCGUCUCAGGCCUUCUCCCGCUUCUCAAAUCCAUCCACAGGCCAACCGAGUUGAAGAAGUUCGCCGGCGAGACGCUCGGCGUCGACGCCUACGGAUGGCUUCAUCGCGGAGCCAUUGCCUGUGCAGUUGAUCUGGCCAAAGGCAACCCCACCCGCAAGUAUGUCGACUUCGCCAUGCACAGGGUGAGGAUGCUCAAGCAUUUUGGCGUCACACCAUAUCUGGUCUUCGACGGCGACUUUUUGCCCAGCAAAGCCGCUACCGAGGGAUCCCGUGCCAAACGCCGCGAAGAGAGUAAAAAAUCGGCCAUGGAGCUCCUGAAGGCUGGCAAGCCGUCCCAAGCAGCCCUCGAGUUUCAGAAGGCCAUCGACGUCACACCGGAGAUGGCUCGCAAUCUCAUCGACGAAUUGAAAAAGAUACAAGUCCCGUACGUCGUUGCACCGUACGAAGCCGACUCUCAGCUCGUCUACCUCGAACGCCAAGGCCUGAUCGGUGGCAUUCUCUCGGAGGACUCGGAUCUGUUGGUGUUUGGUUGCAAGCGCCUCUUGACGAAGCUCGAUCAGUACGGAAACUGCAUCGAGAUCAACCGGAGGGAUUUUUGCGCGGUUCGGGAGGUUUCUCUGACGGGCUGGACGGACGCCGACUUCCGCCACAUGGCUAUCCUCAGCGGCUGUGAUUACCUCGAGGGUAUCAGCAAUAUGGGUCUUAAGACGGCGUACCGGAUGAUUCGCAAAUACAAGACGCCCGAACGAUUGGUUCGGAUGAUCCAAUUCGAAGGGAAGCAUCGCGUUUCGGAGAACUACAUGGUGCGGUUCGCCCAAGCCGAGCUGACAUUUCUCCACCAGAGAGUCUACUGCCCGAAGAGGAAGCAAUUGGUCUGCCUGACGGAACCCGAGGAGGGCAAGGGUGUCGAGGACAUGCCGUUCAUCGGUGGCUACGUCGAACCCGAGUUGGCUACGGCUAUUGCGGUCGGAGACGUUAACCCGAUCACGAAGGAGAUCAUUAUCUCUGCGCCCAUGCCAGGCUCGAAGACGGAUGCCAAGAGGAGACACUCUCAGUCUGCUGAGGCUCUGGCGGCUGCAACGUCUUCGUCUUCAACUCGCACGCGACAGCCCACAAAGCCGAUCGAUUCGUACUUCAAGGGUCAUCAGCGCAUCCCAAUGGGUGAGAUGGACCGCAACUGCUUUUCUGUCGAUCCAGAACGACUUGCCGCCCUCACCCACAACGGCCUCGUUCCUCGGGUCUUUCCACUGCCCAGACCAUAUGUCGAAGGCGCAUCGUCUCAGCCAGUCGCCAGCUCUCGUCCCACACGAACCGCCCGUUCCACUACCUCUCCUCGCCUGAUACGACGAAGGACCGAACCCAUUCAGAAUCUUCCAGAACAGAAUGCCCCUGGGAGCUCUGACGAGUCCCGUCGAAUUACCAUGGGUGAUGCGGCAAACACGUUGGGUGACAUCGAUGCUCUGAUGAGAAGCAGCUCCCAACGGCCACCCAAGAAGGUCCGUCUCUGUGCGGACAACGAUGUAACCGAAACCAAAUUUGAGGAAUCCCAAAAAAGCAAGUUCUUCCCCAAGAGUGGAAGCAUCAACAAGAGCAAGAAGGACAGUUUUCUCUUCUCUGAUGACUCUAUCGACGAGGCGCUCCUCAACCUCCCGGACAUUGAUGGAUGGCACGCCCCCAAGCCGAAAUCAAUCGCGGUAUUCGAAGAGAGCCAGAGCACUGAUACGGGCACGGAAGCGACCGCCGGUACCGAUAGCCAAUUCAGUAAAGGGGAGGAAACAGCAUCGACACAGCAGACCGACCUAUCCGAGGCGGAGGACACCGAGCUGAAGGAGUCCACGUCCCUUCUCCCGGAGAAGACAUCGCGACGCACAUCUUUGCAACGAUUCGCCUUCAACUCUCAGGCGAGCCCUGCCACCUCCAGUCAACCUGAUACGCCUUCAACCACCGUCUCCCAGCACUCCUCUAUCUUUACGCCUUCGACCGCCGCCCCCUCCACCGCAGCAUCGUCCAUCACCUUCUCCGCUGGCAUGCCUGCAUCUGCUACCUCCUCCCAAGCGACUCCGCUCCUCACUCCGCUCCAGCGCAUGGGAGCCCGUGCCAUGCAACGCAAGAACGUGCCUGCCCGUCGGCCUCUGUCUCCCACUAAGAGUUCGAUUCAGCGGAGCCCCAAGCGCAGCCCCCGGAAGAGCCGGCUUCUUAAGUCGAUCCCCGUCAACCCUUCAUUUGUUCCCCUGCCCAAGGUCGAUCUGGCCGAGGUCGAGGCUCUCAACGCGCCGUGCGGAAGCGAAGAUCAGAUCAUCCACGAUAGCGACGGCGAGAAUGAAGACGACAUCUUCGCACAGGACCUCGGCGAGACGGAUGAGGACUUGCGACCCAAGGCUCUAAACCUUUCUCGGUUCGUGUACAACUGAACGAUUAUCAACAACCACAAUUUUCGAUGCGAUACCCACACACGUUGUGUCAUUAUUCUGUACUAUUCAUUGUGGAAAGCAGGCGUUCAACUAUAGUAUGAAUCAAUUACCAUAAACAACAACGGCGAGGUUAUUCUCAUGUCUCGCGGUGUUAAGCAUGCACCACUUUGGAACAGAGGGGGAGGUAAAGGGUUUAACGGAAGAGAGCAUGCAAUGAGAGAGAAAAGGGGCGGGUUAUCCGGCGGUUUCUUGUAUGCUUUGUAAUUAUCCGAGGUUUAGGAGUUUUACGAUUGAUGGUAGGAAUAUCUCACGGCCGAGAAGCAUUUCUUCGAAGCAGGCUUUCAGUCCUAUUUCAUCCUGGUUCAUCAAUAACGGACGACGGACUGAUUUGCAAACCAAAUGCUCAUUCUAAGCAUCAAAACCAGAAUCGAGACGCUGAAAAAACAGACCAUCAGCAUGGCGACGACGAAGGGCUCCUGCAGGAUACAUGCAUCCGCAGUUAUAGUAACCUAGGCUUCGUCGUCACACUCCAAACGAGAGUCCGCUGCCAACCCCUGCGCCACGGAUCAGACAGGACUCAUGUCCGGGCCCGAGCCCGAAAGAAGAAAGGGGAGAAGAAAGAGAAGGAAAAAUGGAAGGGGAGUGGGGCUCCAUGGCCAUACAGACCGGACCCCCUUUGGCGUGCCAUUCAUAGUGCUUUUCCAAUCUUGGUGUAAGAAAAGAAGGACUACGGAUCAAGUUGGCUGUCACGAGGGCAAAAUGGUUGAAGAGACAUGGUGCUGCCAAAAAAUAAAACCAAAAAAA